UAAUUUGCAGUUAAAAAUGUUAGCGAGCCUUUCAAUAUAUAAAUCAUGGGGCGCCGAAGCAGAAGCAGAAGCAGCAGUAGAUUAGAGUGAUGAGUUCCUCGCUGUCAUAAAUAUUAUUGCUUAUUGCACCUUAAUUUUUUCUUUUAAUUUUUCCCCAAUCCUCGAUUUAAAACAAAGGCCCGCUUUUUUAUAUAAAUGCCUCCCUGGCUUCUUUAAUAGCUCUAUCAAGAGCCUGCUCAAGAGGAGUGAUGGAGUGUUGUGGCUGAGAGAGAAGGAUAGAUUUGAAGAAGAGACAGGAGAAGAGUUAUUUUCAGAGUGAGGGAUCAGCAAUGGAAAUUGGAAAAUACACACAACGAGUUCUCCAAAGAAUUCAGAAAAUAGAACCAGAAAAUGCUACUAAAAUUUUUGGCUAUCUUCUAUUGCAGCAUAGUCUUGAAGAAUUGAUGGAAUAUGCCAUGGGAGAUGAAGAAAAUAUACAUUCGCUUAUUGCUGAGGCAAAGUACUAUUUCAUGUCAUCUCCCAAAUUCAGUUCCUCUGAACAUUUAAAGCCAUUUGUCUCCCAUAAUCACACAGUUCAUCCUCCAUUUUCUUCUCUUUCGAGUUUUCGUGUACCGGCACCUCUUCAUCUUGCUGCCAAUCAUCACCACUUCAUUCAAAACAUAGACCAUAAUCCUCAUAACCUUGAAGUUUGUGGUAUGGAAGACCAGUUACAACCUUCAAGUCCUAUGGGUUUUGAUCUACAUGGUUAUUUCUACUUACCUGAUGCUGGUUUUGGCCCAAGGAACCGGUCGCCGUUGAGUUGUCAUUACUUUUACAAAGGUUAUUGUAAACAUGGACAAAGCUGCAAGUUUUCCCAUGGCCAGGCUCCAGAUAUCAUCAAUCAAACGCCCGGAAUUGGCUUAAAUGAUUUAACCAUUGAAGACACUAUGUUCUCUCCUGGCUGUCUUGAGAAACUUGAGAUGGAGAUUACCGAGAUCUUGAAAGGAAGGAAAGGGUUACCUGUUACUAUAGCCUCAUUGCCUAUGUUGUAUCAGGAUACGUAUGGGAAAGCACUUCAGGCUGAGGGUUAUCUCAGUGAAAGUCAAAGACAUGGAAAAGCUGGUUUUAACCUUACUAAAUUGCUCGCCCAAUUGAGAAAUGUUAGGCUUAUGGAUAGACCUCAUGGACAACAUUUUGUGGUUCUUGUUGAGGAUGCUCCAAAGUACAUGGAAUUCAGGAGUGAAAGAAAUGAAUAUGGAGGUUCUAGUUCUCAUCAGAUUUAUCUUACUUUCCCUGCUGAAAGCACUUUUACUGAUGAUGAAGUUCUGAAUUACUUCAAUCAAUUUGGUCCUGUUCAUGAUGUGAGGAUCCCACGGCAAGAGAAAAGGAUGUUUGGUUUUGUGAGCUUCUACCAUCCACAGACUGUGAGACAAAUUUUAGCAAUGGGCCACCCCCAUGUUAUCUGUGGUGCUCGAGUUCUUGUCAAACCCUACAAAGAGAAAUCAAGAUUGGCUGAGAGGAAAUAUGCAGAGAAGUUGGAUGCUCAGAUGUUUCUAUCUCCUCUUUCUUUUGACAUGGAUAACGGUCCGAGCACAAGACAAAGAACAUGCGACACUUUCCAGUUACCUAUAAAGCAGCAGGUUGAAGACUUCGAUCCGACCUUUAAUCUGAAGAGAGAACAACUCCUCGAGCAGCAGCAGAGGCAAAUGCUGCUUUCUGCUCAUCCUUUCCUUGGUUAUGGAUUGGAGGACUCGAAAGUUCUAGAAGCAGUUCAGUUCAAUUCUUUGAACAUUGGAUCACAUAAAAGUUCAGGCGAUGAUAAUACUUGGCAGACAAGCAGCAAUUGCAAUGAUUUGGAUAGACUCCAGAUUCAAUUGCCAGAAAGUCCUUUCGCCUCUCCUCGGUUCGGAUCGAACAGCCUUUACACAGUAAUAUAGAGAAGAAAAUGAACAAUAGUGUAGUUUAUAGAGGUACAGUUCUGUGAUUCAAACAACUACUGUAGCCCUCAAUUAUACCAGCAGAAGAUUCAUAGCCUUCAUGGAAGCCAAGUAAGUUGGAUACACAAAUCUUAUUGAAUAGAUCAAACCAUAUACUUAUUUGACAGUACUGUCACAGUAAAACUCUCUUGAUUCUCUUAAGACCUUAAAGUUGUAAUAACUUAGUUACAAAGAAGUUAUUGGUCAUCAGUAAUUUAGUUACCAAUCUUAUUUUCAGUGUAAUAGACAUUCAUAUCUCAUGUUCAGAGUAACAGACAUAAAACAUGUUUACUCUCUCUCUCUCUCUCUCUCUCUCUCUCUCUUCUCUCUCUCUCUCUCUCUCUCUCUCUCUCUCUCUCUCUCCCUGCCUCUCUCUCUCUAUCUCUAUCUCUAUCUAUAUCUCUCUCUAUCUCUAUCUAUAUAUCUCUCUUUCUCUCUGUGUAUAUCAACUGGUACUGAAAAGAAAUCAUAUUUGUAUUCAGAAUCUGACUUUGCUGAUAAUGGUCUUAUUUUUCUGGUA